UCAAGUUUCCUAAAGUUCUUCAAGACCUGUUUUACAGGCUUUGCAGGAAGUUUCAAAUGUAGCUGGAUUUUUUAUGAGUGUUUUUAUUUUCUGUGAUUCUUAAUGUUUAUGGACAGAGCUCGGAAGCACAGAAGGUCAUGAAGCUGGAGGUACCAGAAGGAUUUGAAGAUGUUGCUGUUGGAUUUUCAGGAGAGGAAUGGGGCCUACUGAGUGACCAGGAGAAAGAGCUACACAGGGAGGUGAUGGUACAGAACUAUGAGAACAUGAUUUCUGUAGGGUAUAAUAUCCCAUUGGAGCACCUUUGGUUGUAUAUUAAGAAAGAAGCCACAUUUCCACCUGUCGACACUGGAGGAGGAAUAACAGUGCAACAAAAUGAGCUUCCUGACAAUAGUAUUGGCAGCAACAUGAAUGCAGAUUUCAGUGAUAUUCAGAGUCGGGGGUCACUAGACCGAGAAUGGCAACAUUCCAAAAGUCACAAAGCUUUUUUGGAUAAGCCGUCUGGCACAAGAUGUGACCUGGUACAGAUCGGAAACCAACACCAAAGAUUUGUGGAAUCCAGUGAUAGUGUUAUGAGGAAAACUGAUCUGGUUAUGCAUCUGGAAACUCAUGGAAAGGAAAAGCCAGAUAUACUGCUUAACUGCAAAAAAAUAGUCACUAUUCAUGAUGACCGCUUAAACCAAACCGAGAAAAGUCAAAGUGAUACAUUGAAAAUAUAUGAACAGUUUGUCAGAGAGAAACUAUUUAAAUGUGCCGCCAGUGUCAAUGAGAAAACAUGUAAACCUUACACACAGGCAACAUGUGACAAGAGUUUCACACUGAACAGAAACUUGGUAACACAUCAGUAUACCAACACUAAACAAAAACCGUAUACGUGUCCCACAUGUGGAAAAGGUUUUACACGGAAGGGUAGCAUGAAGCAGCACCAGUAUGUCCACAAUGGGCAGAAGCCCUAUAAAUGUGCGACUUGUGGCAAGGACUUUACAAAGAAGGGUAGCUUAACGCAGCAUCAAUAUCUCCACAGUGGGGAGAAGCCCUAUAAAUGCACCAUGUGUGAUAAGAGUUUUUCAGAGAAGCGUCAACUGGUAACGCAUCAGUAUAUUCACACUGGCGAGACACCAUAUAAAUGCACUGUAUGUGAUAAGAGUUUUAGACAAAAAAGCAUUCUGAUAACUCAUCAGCGUAUCCACAGCGGGCAGAAACCAUAUAAAUGCACAAUGUGUGAUAAGAGUUUUACAGAGAAGCGUCAAAUGGUAGCACACCAUUGGAACCACUCUGGGAAGAAACCCUUUAAAUGCACAAUGUGUGAUAAAUCCUUUGCGCAGAAAGCUCACAUGGCAAAUCAUGAACUGGUCCACACUGGGCAAAAACCAUUUAAAUGCACCAUGUGCGAUAAGAGUUUUGGGCGUAAAAGCACUUUAGUAGUUCAUCAGACCAUCCAUUCUGGGCAAAAACCCUAUAAAUGUACCAUAUGUGAUGAGAGUUUUAGGCACAAAAGCAGUGUGAUAAAACAUCAGAAUAUCCACAUAAGAAAGAAAGAAAUAUCAAGACCAUGCCAGAAGCUUUGUAAAUGUGCCACUUGUAGCAAGGUCUUUAUAAGAAAAAGAAGUUUAGCAGCACAUCAGACUAUGCACAUGGGGCAGAAACCCUUUCAGUGUGCCACAUGUGGCAAGGGCUUUAUAAAGAAGGCAGACUUGGUAAGUCAUCAGUAUAUUCACAGCGAGCACAAGCCAUAUGAGUGCCCUGUAUGUGAUAAAGGUUUUGCACAGAAGGGUAACAUGAUACGGCAUGUCAAAACGUGCAAGCUGAAAUUAGAAUAAUGUGAAAUAAGAACACCCAGAGAGUUCUAGUGGUCAUAGGAGUAACUAUACUAGUAAGGAAUCUUCAAACAUAUUUAAUUAUGAUGUCACUAAUACAGGUGACCUCAUAUGCACUACAGAACAGAAAGAGGUAGUUCUGGAUGCAUUGUGGAUGCUGAGAUGUACACUCUUGACAAACAUCAAAGAAGGUCACUGUAGACUCUACCCACCAUAGGGUGGGAGGUUGGCAUAAUAGUUAAGGUGUUUACCUUACAAACACAAGGUAGAGUGUUUGAUUCUCACAUGGUGUAAUUGGCUAGGCUUGAA